GGAUAUCUGAUUCCAGACAAUUCUGUCCUGUUCCGAUCUUAUACGAGUCUGCACAUAAUGGAGAGGCUCUCUUCCUCCGGCUUCUCCUGUGUUGUGUGAACGCAGGAAAAGAGAAGCGACAAAAGGGAGGGAGUAAAAGGAAGCUUUGAACCGAUUUGAGACACAUGUUGAGCUAAAAGGACCACCCCACCUCCUCCCUCUUCCCUUCCCAAGCGGACUUUCGUUGUUCUUUUCCACCUUUUGUCGUAGUAGCUCGGAAGCUACUUGAGUCUUUUGUCCUGGGCUUUUUGAAUUUUUGUGAUACUAUGGAUCUGAGUAAAAUGGCAGUGAGCGUCAACAAGGCCAUCAAUGCACAGGAGGUCGCCGUCAAAGAAAAGCAUGCCAGGACGUGUAUCCUGGGAACACACCAUGAAAAAGGGGCCCACACAUUCUGGGCAGCGGUCAACCGGCUGCCUCUCUCCAGCAACGCUGUGCUGUGCUGGAAGUUCUGCCACGUCUUCCACAAACUGCUGCGAGAUGGGCACCCUAAUGUAAUCAAGGACUCCAUGAGGAACAAAGGAGACCUGAGCGACAUGAGCAGGAUGUGGGGUCACCUGAGUGAAGGAUAUGGCAAGCUGUGCAGCACCUACCUCAAACUGCUCAUCACCAAAAUGGAAUUCCACAUCAAAAAUCCCCGUUUCCCAGGCAACCUUCAGAUGACAGAUAGACAGCUCGAUGAAGCAGGAGAGAAUGAUGUUAACAACUUUUUCCAGAUGACUGUGGAGAUGUUUGACUACCUGGAGUGUGAGCUGAACCUCUUCCUGGGGGUGUUCAGCUCCCUGGACAUGUCACGCUCAGUGUCAGUCACAGCAGCGGGACAGUGUCGCCUGGCCCCUCUCAUUCAGGUCAUCCUGGACUGUAGCCACCUGUACGACUACACUGUCAAGCUCCUCUUCAAGCUACACUCCUGCCUUCCUGCAGACACACUACAGGGCCACAGAGAUCGCUUCCAGGAGCAGUUUAAAAAGCUGAAGAAUCUGUUCUAUCGCUCCAGCAACCUGCAGUACUUCAAGAGAUUGAUUCAGAUCCCCCAGCUGCCUGAGAACCCCCCAAAUUUCCUGCGAGCGUCAGCGUUGUCGGAGCACAUCAGCCCUGUGGUGGUCAUUCCCGUGGAGGCCUCGUCUCCGGAGAGCGAGCACAUCGUGGAGACGGAGGAGCUGGUGGACACAGACAUCCCCGCCCAGCCGAGCUCUUCGGAGAACAGAUUUGAUGACCUCUUUGGCACAUCGGCUGCCACAGACCCGUUCAACUUCAACAGCCAGAACGGCAUGCGCAAGGAUGACAAGGACCGUCUGAUCGAGCAGCUCACCCAGGAGCUGCAGGCUCUCAAGGAGGAGCUGGAGACCUUCAGGGUGGAGAGCGCCCGCCUGUGCCAGGCACUGCGGGGGCGUGUCAGCGAGCUGGAGGCGGAGCUGGCGGAGCAGAGCCACCUGAAGCAGCAGGCCCUGGGGGAGAGCGAGUUCCUGCGGGCGGAGCUGGAGGACCUGCGCCGGGUGAAGGAGGACACGGAGAAGGAGCAGCGCAGCCUGACGGAGAUUGAGAGGAAGGCCCAGGCCAAUGAGCAGCGCUACACCAAGCUGAAGGAGAAGUACACGGAGCUGGUGCAGAGCCACGCAGACCUGCUGAGGAAGAAUGCUGAGGUAACGCGACAGAUGACGGUGGCGCGGGCGGCCCAGGAUGAGGUGGAGACUGUGAGGAGGGAGAUGCAGGAAAAGGUGAAAGCUGCCCAGGAGGAUGCCCAGCAGAGGGAGAAGGAGCAGUUGGACCAGAUGCAGUCCCUGCAGAGAGAGCUGAUGACCAGCCGAGUGGAGCUAGACACACUAAGGGACAGCAUGGCCACCUCCCAGCAGUCGAGUGAGGAGCUCAGCUCCAGGCUCGCUGCUCUUGAGACUGAGAGGGCGGAGCUUGCGGAAACGGUGUCGCAGAAGGAGGCGGAGCUGGCGGGGCUGGGGCAGGAGCUGGAGCGUGUCCAGAGCAGUUUGUCCAGCGAGCGGGAAAGUGGGGUGAAGGCGGCGGAGGCCUUGCAGAACCAGCUCAAUGAGAAGGAGAGCAGGGAGCAGGCUCUGGAGAGCCAGUUGGUGGCUGCACGCUGGGCUGCCCUGCAGGGGGCAUUAGAGGAAGCAGAGCGGGUUGUUCAGGACUCUCUGUCCCAGAUGGAUGACCCAGCGCACAUCAGCUGCACCAGCUCUGCAGAUUACCUAGUGUCUAGGAGCCAGGCUGCACUGGACUGCGUGGACCGCCUGCAAGCUGCCAGAGACCAGUAUCUGUCUGACCAGUCAGAUGUGUCAGAGAUGCUGCGGUCAGUGACCCGGUUUGCCCACCUGGUUGGCGACACCAUACUGCAAGGCAGUGCCACCUCUCACAUGGUGCCCGUGGAUCAGGCUGACUUGUUGACGGAAGGUGUGAGGGCGUGUGGCUCCGAGGCCCUAGCCCUGCUGGCCCUGCUAAAGGAUCGGGAGACCCUGGGCGCGGCUGAUGGUGCCAAGCUGAGGGAAGCGCUGGGCAGCAUCAAGGCUACAGCUGAGAAGCUGAGACCUCAGGGGUUGGAGCUGCAGCAGGGGGAGCUGGGAGACCUGGUGGAGCAGGAGAUGGCGGCCACGUCUGCUGCUGUGGAGUCGGCGGCUGCCAGGAUCGAGGAGAUGCUCAACAAGUCUCGAGCUGUGGACACAGGGGUAAAAAUGGAAGUCAACGAAAGGAUCUUGGCUUCCUGUACAGAGCUGAUGCAGGCCAUCAAAGCACUGGUAUUGGCCUCUAAAGACCUGCAACGGGACAUUGUGGAGAGCGGGAGGGGGGCAGCAUCGAUGAAGGAGUUCUAUGCCAAGAAUUCCCGCUGGACGGAAGGUCUGAUCUCAGCCUCUAAGGCAGUAGGCUGGGGCGCCACGGUGAUGGUGGACGCGGCCGACCUGGUCGUACAGGGCCGGGGCAAGUUCGAGGAGCUGAUGGUGUGUUCGCACGAGAUCGCUGCCAGCACAGCGCAGCUGGUGGCCGCCUCUAAGGUGAAGGCGGACAAGGACAGCCCCAACCUCGCGCGUCUGCAGCAGGCGUCCCGAGGGGUCACGCAGGCUACCGCAGGGGUCGUGGCCUCCACCAAAUCUGGAAAAUCCCAGAUUGAGGAGACAGACACAAUGGACUUCUCCAGUAUGACCCUUACUCAGAUCAAGAGGCAAGAGAUGGACUCACAGGUGCAGGUGCUGGAGCUGGAGGCACAGCUUCAGAGAGAGCGUGAACGUCUUGGGGAGCUGAGGAAGAAACACUAUGAGCUCGCUGGGGUUUCGGAAGGGUGGGCAGAGGAAGAGGACGGUACAGGUUGAGGCCUGCUCCACCUCUCUCCAUACUGGCCUGAAGACUGGGCUUCUUCCUGCCUGUACCAUCUGUACUGGUUUUACAUACUCUCCAUUUUGUUCUCCUUAUUUUUUUUUUUUAACUUGAAGCCAAAUAAAAAGGUGCUCCUCUUUUUAAAUGUUCUUCCCCCACCUCUGGGGUUUGAAGGCUUCCACAUACAAAGCAAUGAACAGUGACUGAAAAGGGGGACAAAAAAAGGCACAGCCUGCCUCUGGCAGCAACACGUAGACAACUGGAAAACCACAAGCUUACUGACGAUCCAUUUGCCUUGUGUCCAUCUUUAAUCCCCAUGACUUUUUUUUCUCUGGACUCGAGAAUAGUGCAUCUUGCACCCUCUCAACCUCUUAACCUCCCAGCAUGAACUUCUGCCAUCCAUCCUGCACGGUGCCUGCGACAGAGAGAGGUGCGGAGCUGAAUCCCCCGCAGAAUGGGUAGGGUUGACACCAGGUCAUCCUGCCCAUCAUAAAUGCCCCACAGGGCCCCUGGGCUGGGAGGAGCAUUGUGCAAUCAGAAUGACAGGUCAGGUGUGUCUCCAGCUACAUUCCCAGAAAGCAAUCUUCCUGCACUGUAACGAUUUGGCUCACUGCUUCUUUACAAUGAAUCCUUCAUCUGCACUAAUCCUUGCAUAGUGACCUCCCCCUUCAGCCUCCAGGGGUUGUCCUGCACCACUGGGACCCCUUUUGAUGUGUGUGUGUGUGUGUGUGUGUGUGUAUUUGUGUGAACUCUGUUCCUAUUAUCCAAGUAAUUUUGCACACUAAUUGUGACUUGUACAGUAUUUGCAGGGCAUGAGGGAGAAGUACAGUGUUCGUAUAUACUAAUUCCAUUUGGCUUUUCAGCCAGGGAUUGGCUUGCCAAGAGGUGGACUCAGGGAUUUCCUGAGCCCCGCACCUCUUCUCAUUCAUGAUGUGUGACAAUUUCUUCGAAUUCUCCAGUUUGCCAUUUCAGCUGCCAUUUUGCAGAGAUAAAAAUUGUACAGUUAGGGGUCUAGCAGGGCUCCUAGUUUACAUUGGGAUGUGACGCAGUUAGAUGAAGGAAAACUUUGUGACUGUCUUCAUUCACAAAACAGAACACCCAUACUGACUUCAGUCAUUUUAGGAUCUACUUCCCAAAGGUUAAGGAAAAAGUAGCCUUGGUAUGACCUCUGACAUCAAUAUGACCGAAUUAUCUGUGACAAAUAAAGGGCGAGUUGAGUAUUAAUUAAGUCUAUGAAAUGGGAAUCCAUGAAUUCAGCAGCUAUCUAUAGAGCAUGGAGAAGCCUCUCCAGCAUAAUCAGUAUUACCCCAUGAGACUUAUAAUUCAAAGUCAUUUUCCUAUACAUGUGGGCAGUUUGCAAAGGAUGCACAAAGAGUGAAAGGAGGAGCCAGUGCCUUUGGAGGGAUUGGGUUGAGAUGCUGUCUGCAGCUGUAGCUGCACCAGUGUUGGUAUUUUAAUUAGGGUUUUUCAGGGUUUCAGUGUUCCAGGUGGUUUUUUCCCCCCAAAUCUCAGAUUAAGAUGGUAGUGAAAGCUGUCCUAAGUUCAUGGCCUCUGCUGAACUUCAGGAAUCAUCCCAGCAGUUUCUGCUGGACUCAAGGAGUUGAGUUUUUGGUGGGUCUGGGGUAGGAAGGGGCUUCUUGGCCCAGAGAGAGUGAAAGAAACCACAGCAUUCCGCAUCCUUCCACAGGCCUUUUCUCUGCUUUCCAGUGGACUGUAGCAAUCGUGCUUGUUGCCAUCAGCAAGGUGUUUGCAUCUUCCCAGCAGUCUAUAACUGUGUCAGCCUUUCAGCACACAUACAGGGUGUGCUGCAUCCCCAGGGAGCAGGCCACCAGGUGAAUGGGCCCUGAAACGUCUUAACCAUUGAUACGGAGACAGUUCCUUUGACACUUGAGAUAACGGUUUUCACUCAACUCAAUGCAUCUGCCUGGUGGAGUCAAGGGAAAAAAGACAAAGCUCUAAGAGUAGCAGCUCUGGGUCACUCUGUCACUGUUGGAGCUUAAUGUUAUUAGAUUGACUUGUCAUGGUUGCACCUUUUAGUAUGUAUUUCUGUUUCAGUACAGGAUAUGUACGUGUGGUUGUGCUUUUAUUGGGAGUGUUUUUGUGUGACCAGCUAAUUAAUUUUAACCCCAGCCCCUGUCAUUCUUGUUUUGUUGCACUGCUUUAGUUUUGUAAGGUUGUAACACUGGGUAUUGUAUUAUUUUCCAUAUUUCCAUUGAAAUUCCAUUCCACUGAACAUUUUUCAACCUUGACUGGUGUCUUUAAUAUGGCACCUAAUGUGUAAAGAGCUUCCGUUUUAUUGAAAAUGUGAGAAACUUGGCAGACAUUUCAUCCUCUCUGUACCUCACUGUACUGUGAUCUUUUUUUUUUUUUGGGAAACAGCACACAACACUAUCUAAUUUCAAGA